UCAAGAGCAACAAUCAACAACACGUUGGGUUUAAUUUUCCACAUGUGCGGUACCACGUGUAGUUCGUUGCAAUCGUCAGCCUCGGGCAACCCCCUAAGAAGAGAUUUCGGUAGAUUGAAAUCUUAAACACAACUCCAAGAUGAGUUCCACCGUUCCGAGUAAGCUGUUUUCGUAUAUCUACGGCUUUCUGAGGGAGAACAAGCUGACGAAGACGGCCAAAUCGCUGCGGAAGGAGACGGGAUCGCCGGUACAUGCACCAAAACCGGAAGAUCCUGACCUGGUUGAGAUUCUGAAGACUUACGAAACGGUCUCUCCAAGCGGUGCGGUCAAACGCAAAGCCAAGCCUGAUGACACACCAUCCCCAGCCGCAAAGAAGAAGCUGAAGGGGGAGGAGUCGGCUUCAAAAACACCCAAAACGUCCAAAACGUCAGUGAAGACGAAAGAUAAGACACCCUCUAAAACAUCUGAAAAGACACCAGCAAAAACCGAGAAAACGCCCUCCAAAACACCAGUGACGAAAACAGUGUCCAAGAAAAAGGAGAAGAAAACACCAAGUAAGGCUCUGGAGGGAAAGGGGAAAACUUCGCCAGGGACAGGAACUAAGCGGAAGAAAGAGUCCAGCAGUGAAAGUUCUAGCGAGAGCGAGGCGGAGAGCAAGCAGGGCAAGAAGCCCCAGGCUAAGAAAGCAGCUGUGGGGAAGACGACACCACAGCCGGCUGCCAAGAAACCAACCAAGGAUGCCUCCAGCAGCUCUGAAUCGGAGAGCUCAAGCUCUGAUGAGGAGGAUGAGAAACCGGCACCGGCAAAGGCCACAAAACCAGCUGCUACGACGCCUUCUAAAGGGGCAGCUUUACAAAACGGCGACGGCAGUUCAUCCAGCUCUGACUCCGAGAGUGACAGUGAGGAAGACCAACCCAAAACCCCUGUAAAGAAAGAAACCCAGACCCCGAAAGGCAAGAAAGUAACUCCCACACCAGCACAGAAGAAAGAAGAAAGCAGCAGUGAUGACAGUUCAAGCUCAGAGGACAGCGAUGAUGAAGCAAAGAAGCCUGCCACUAAGCCAUCCCCAGCUCCCAAAACCCAGGCAAAGUCUCCCAAAGUGCAGCCGGCCCCUAAAACCAAGGCGGAGUCUUCGAGUUCAGAGGAAUCAAGCUCCGAAGAUUCCAGCUCAGAAUCCGAGACAGAGAAGUCCUCAAAGCCCGCUGGCUUAAUUAAACCAGCUGCAGACUCACAAGCACCAGCUAAAACGCCAGCCAAGACUCCGGCGAAAAAGGAGGAUUCUUCAAGUUCUGAGGAUUCUUCUAGUUCUGAAUCCGACAGUGAAGAUGAAAAACCAAAAACUGUUGCAAAACCUGUUUCAAAAUCAACACCAACACCAACUAAAGUACAAGCAACAAAAACACCUGCUAAAUCACCAGCUAAAACUCCAUCUAAAGGGAAGGAUUCUUCGAGCUCUGAAGACUCCAGUUCGGAAUCGGACAGUGAAGAUGAAAAACCUAAAACUGUCGGAAAACCAGUGGCACGAUCGACACCCGCACCAAGUAAAGUACAAGCAACAAAAGCCAAAGAGUCGUCCUCCAGCUCUGAGGCUUCAAGUUCCGAGUCAGAAAGCGAUGAAGAUGAUGCGUCCAAAAAGCCGGCGUCAUCAGCCAAACCAGCAGCCAAACCGCCUGCAAAAACAAACCCAAAGCAAGCCACCCCGGCAUCGAAGGCCAAGGAAGCUUCCAGUUCUGAAGCUUCCAGUUCUGAGGAUUCAAGUUCUGAUUCAGAUUCCGACAGCGGCGCAGAACCAAAGAAACCCACUGCACAGCCGCAAAAGGUGCAGCAGGCAAAACCACAAGUUGUUAAAAAGAGCGCCUCCUCAAGUUCCGAGGAAGAGAGUGACACAGAAAGUUCCAGUUCAGAGGAGGAUGAAAGUCCCGCUAAAACGAAGCCAGCUCCAGCAACCCCAGCUUCAAAGCCCAGCCAAGCGAAACCGGCUGCAAAGUCUCCGGCAGCAAAACCCAAGAAAGAUUCCUCAAGUUCAGACGAUUCAAGCUCUGACGAAGACAGUGAGCCAGAGACCAAGCAAACAAAACCAGCUCUGAAUUCCAAACCACAAACUCCAAAAACCCAGAAAGCAGCCGAAAGUUCCAGCAGUGGGGAAUCAGACAGUUCAAGCUCGGACGACGACGAAGAUAAAAAGAAGCCAACCUCUAAACCACAGACUCAGAAAACCCCUGCCAAAACGCCAACACCGGCCCCAGUGAACGGUAAAGACGAUUCUUCGAGUUCAGACGAUUCCUCGAGCUCAGACGAUUCAAGCUCGGAGGAGAGCGAAACGGAGACAAAGAAGGCACCGGUGAAACAGGCAACGCAGAAAGCUACAAACGGGAAAGCCACGCCUAGCCAGGCAUCCAAGAAGAGCAAAGACAGCAGCGAGAGCAGCUCAGACGAAUCGAGCUCAGAAAGCGAGGAAGAGAAAGUGGUGAUGAAAAAAGUGCUGACAAAGAAGAAACCAUCCAAAUCAUCUUCUUCCUCAAGUGAUGAUAGCGACGACGAUGAUGAUGACGACACCAAACCAGGCAACCAGACUCUACCAGUCAGUACCACACCGGCCCAGGCUAAGAACAAACAGAGCCCUGCGACUGUUCCCAGAAUGAAAAAGGCUGAACCUUUCAGACGUGUCAAAGAAGGCGACCAUGAAAUUGACCCAAGACUGCAGGACAAUUCCUUCGAGGCAAAGAGGGGUUCGAGGGGCUCUUGGGGCGACAGGGCCAACAAAGAUCUCAAGGUGGUCCGCGGCAAAGCCUUCCGCCACGAGAAGACGAAAAAGAAGCGGGGCAGCUACAAGGGAGGGCCGAUCUCCACUGCCAUCAACUCGGUCAAGUUUGACAGCGACUAGAAAACGUGACCAGAAAUUGCUUUUAUUCUUUUUUUUUCUGCGGAGUUGUAAAUUAGUCAGUCACGAGUCGUCACCCGUAGACCUUUAUCAUACUGACACCAUUUCAGUCAUGUUUCCUGUAUCCAAUAACAGUACUGAAUGAUAAUGUUUUUUUUGUGCAAAAAGGAACCAGACUAUUUUUUCUCCCAGCCUCAUUUUGGUUCCGUUGAUUUGAAUUGGAAAAAAAAUCAAGACGACCGCAACAUUAUUUUUUGUCUCGUGUUACUCGUGACUGGACUGGACUUGUGAUGGGCUUGACUACCGGUACACAACAGCGAGUUGUGGUUGUAUUCAGUUGUGAGAGGCAUUUGAAACCAUGGCAAUGGGAUUCUGCAGUGUUGGUUGGAUAUUGUGCACUGUGACGUUAGAUUUUCCCCCGUUUUGGGAAAUUUUUCAUUGGACAUUUCAUGAUUUUGGCAGUUGGUGACCUUUUUAUAAGUUACAGCCGAACAAUUUUGUCGGUGAAAUCAUUCUCCAAGCGAGCAGCAUGUCAAUAACUUCAAGUGAGUCGGUCACCGUGACUAGGUUUCUAUUUAUUACACUCCUUCACAUCGGUACGCAAUUUCAAUACAU